UCUUUCCUGGCAAUCCCGGGUAAACUGUAACGGGGAAAGGGUCCCAAAGGCCGGGACUGGGUGCUGUGACUCCGCCUGCAGGGCAAAGAGCACCUAACUACGCGCACGUAUGAAAGGAACAGAGGAACUGCUUUUCCUGGGUUGGGUCAACCCGUGCCUACCACUGGGGCUUAGAGGCGAAGAACCACCAAAUGAAAGAUGAAGGUGCGGGUGCAUUUCUGUCCAUCUCAGGGAUUAGAGCCCUGCAUGCGGCGGUUGAGAGUCCACAGCCCUAGCACUCCUGGGUGUGCGGGCGGGGACUUACCCCAAGGCCUGCAGCCGCUCUAAUAAGGGUGCCCGCAAUCCACGCUCCUCCGAAGGGGCUGCACUCCCUCUCCACCCUCCUGCCCUUUCCAGCGGCGCCCAAUCCCACCUUUGUAGUUGCUCCGGGAGCCUUCGGGGCAGCCGGGAGGCGUGACCCGCUGGAAGCCCGCCCCUUUGAUGUGCGCCGGCGUCGCUGUGAUUGGACAGUCACUUGUGACGUGUGGGGACUGCGGUGGGCCCGGGUGCUGCGGCAGCCGCAGCGCCAGCCGCGGCUCCGGGCUCCAGCUCCCGGGCAUUUAAAGGGGACGCGGCGACGGGCCGGGGGGGAUGGAGGGCAGGUGGAGGGGACGGCCCAGCCGCACAUCAUCCACGGCCCCUCGGGACCGGAGGGACUCGUGAGCCGGAGCCCAGAGAUCCGGGGGUGGAUAAGACACCGCGUCCCCUCCAAUACCCGUAAGCACCCUGACUCCAUCUGAGCCCAAAUACCUCGCUAGACCCUCUCCCCACUCUUUACACUCCAAACUCAGCCGGGACAGACCUCUGCCGCUGCCGCUCCCCACCCUGUGGAAGAAGCUCACAGAUCCUGUCCCCCUUUUCUUUGAGGGACUCCUUUUGGUGACCACAAAAUGAUUUGAUCACUCAGGACAAAGCUGCUAGAGGUCUUGGAUAUGCCAGCGCCUCUGGCCAUGGCCCGCUAACCAGCCUCUCCCGGGCCGGCACCCGCCCUGCCCGCUCUCGCUUGCUCCCUCCUCCUCCUCCUGCUCCUCUCCCCUCUGCUCCCAGGACGGCGGGAUGGCUGCGCAGGGCGCGCCACGCUUCCUCCUGACCUUCGACUUUGACGAAACUAUCGUGGAUGAAAACAGCGACGACUCUAUUGUGCGCGCUGCGCCCGGCCAGAGGCUGCCAGAGAGCCUGCGCGCCACCUACCGUGAGGGCUUCUACAAUGAAUACAUGCAGCGCGUCUUCAAGUACCUGGGUGAGCAGGGAGUGCGGCCUCGGGACCUGCGCGCAAUCUACGAGGCCAUCCCCCUGUCCCCGGGCAUGGGCGACCUGCUGCAGUUUGUGGCCAAGCAAGGUGCCUGCUUCGAGGUGAUUCUCAUCUCGGAUGCCAACACGUUCGGCGUGGAGAGUGCGCUGCGCGCCGCGGGCCACCUCGGCCUGUUCCGUCGCAUCCUCAGCAACCCGUCCGGGCCCGAUGCGCGGGGGUUGCUGGCGCUGCGACCCUUCCACACACACAGCUGCACGCGCUGCCCUGCCAACAUGUGUAAGCACAAGGUGCUCAGCGACUACCUGCGCGAACGGGCCCACGACGGCGUGCACUUCGAGCGCCUCUUCUACGUGGGCGACGGCGCUAACGACUUCUGCCCCAUGGGGCUGCUGGCCGGCGGCGACGUGGCCUUCCCGCGCCGCGGCUACCCCAUGCACCGCCUCAUUCAGGAGGCGCAGAAGGCCGAGCCCAGCUCCUUCCGCGCCAGCGUGGUGCCCUGGGAGACCGCCACCGACGUGCGCCUCCAUCUGCAGCAGGUGCUGAAGACUUGUUGAGACAGCAGCCUGCAGGGGGCGCCCGGGCGGAGGUGGGGGCGAGGAAGCCGGGAGAUCGGGAAAGACAACCUAGUUUUAUAACUCCCUUUCCCCUUUCGCUUUGGUAUGUCUCCAGGAAUUUCUAGAAUUCCAGGCUCGUCCAUUUGGGGGCUGGGGAGGGAGUUCAGACCUGUCCCUAGCUAUGCAGUUAACCCAGCUCCGCUGCCUUUCCCAGAUCCAGGGCAAACAGUUAAAUUCUGGAGUCUGGCCCAACCUGGGUGGUGUAUAUACCUGGGAAGGCAGCAGCAUUUCCAAACACUUCGUCCUUCGAAUCGGGAGGAGGGGUUUCCCUGGCAGGGCAGAGAAGGAACAUCUCCCAGGGUUUUAACUGCUGCCUCAAGCUGCGUUACCUCCCCUCCCCCAGUCUUGGGUCAUGGAGACCCAGGUCCUAAAAUCCUCCCAGCGGCACUGGACUCCCCGCGGGGAGAGACAGCGCUCUCCGCCACCUGCCCCAGGCCUAGAUCUUGCUUUACCAACCAGGACUCCAAACUACAUCCCUUCUUGCCUCCCUUCCACCACCCACCCACCAGCAUGCCCAAAGGUGAAAAAGCCACAUGAGAAGUCGCCUCCUGCUGGUGGAACGAGAUAGCACACUGUUCACCUCAGGUACGGCCAGCCAGGGACCUCGCAGCGUGCAACGGUGUCUCCUCGCACUCCAGCCUCGUCUAUGCAGCAAGAGACCAGGGACUUAACCAAAGUAACCCCCGCGGGUUGGGCCCUCUGCGCCCCCCUCCCUUUUCCCGUAUGGACCAGAAAGCCAUGAUGUUUUAAAUCAGAGCCAGCGAAACCCAAACCCCUCCUCAUUCUCUGGUGUUUUAGAGCUAUAAAGCAGGUGAAGAGGUGACUGAGAUCUAUGGCGCCGCAAUCUGAGGGAUGAAGAUGAUGUUAUCUCUGCUCUCAGAGAGCCCCACUUAAGUGAGGGAGUUGGUCCCCACGAUUGGCCGAAUGCCCAGCUUGAGGAACCAAUACUGAACACAACACAGGAGACAACAGGCAAAGGAACACGUACAGUCAAUGGUUGCAGAGGGCAUCUGGUCUAGUAUAGAAGGCACGUAAUGGGGACCAAUGAGAUGAGAGAGAGACUGCUGCUGGGGGCUGGGGGCAGGGGCUCAAUAAUUAGCAGGAGCCUUAGAACCGAAAUGCCUUUUAGUCCAUCUUCUCUCUGCUCAACCCCUAGCCCUGCAGGGCAAUCAUCAGGAGGUCAUCAGGAUUUCAUUCAGAGUUGGCACUUGCAGCUGGAGACCCCACCCAUCCUCUGUGGACAAAUCACCAAACUCCUUGACUUCCAGUUCUUUCCUGUCUGCAACAGACCUCUGGUCACCUCUCCCCAGAACUCCUUCCCAUCACAGUGGGGGGAAGGUGCAGAUAGCUCACAGCCCAAGAGGUGGGCAGUCCUAGUCCAGCCUUGACCUUGGAUCUGGCUUUGGCCUGGGACUUAAGGGUCACUCAGGGCAAAGCCUGGGUC